AUGGAAGUUAAUCACAAUGUAACAGAGAAUGUAAAUUCCAGGCUCGACAUUAAGGCUACACCCAACCAGUGCACUGAAAAUAUUCCUAUCCUUCCUUUUUAUCUUUCUUUCCACUCUCAUUUUCUCCGAGGUUUUUUCCUUUCCCCUUCUUUGAUAUUUUUUCCUUUCUUAUUUCAUUCUCUCUUUUCUCAGAUCCACCCUCCAAAUUUUCUUUUUUCCUCUUCCUUUGCAUUUUUCUUUGUUUUUCAUCUAUUUUUCUCCCAGCCUCUCUCGUUCUUCUUCUCUGAUUUUCCCCACUCCAAUUUUUUCUUUACUUUCCGCUUCCUUCAUAAUUUUUCUUUCUAUUUUUCUUUCUUUCCCUCUCUCUUCCCCAAUCAAAGUCCUUUUCCUCCCCCUUCCUUGAUAUCUUUUAUCUUGUUUCUCCUCUAUUUUUCUCCUCUCUCUUUCAAUCUGAGAUACUCAUACUUCUUUCCUUUUUUGAACUCUUUUUCUCUUCUUAUCCUAUUUUUUACCCACACCUUAUUCUCCUCAUUUCCUUACUCAUUUGUUUGCUUCUCUAUUUUUUUCUCUCAUUCCAUAAAAACAUUUCCCCUCAACCUCUCAUUUCCUUGCCUCUCUUCUUCCUAUUAA